UGCUGAAUGCCGUUUAACUGUAAACUAGCGAUGUGGAAAAAUAUUUUCAAUUCUUGUUGAUUUGAAGCCCCUAAAAAUGAAUCUGGGCGAUCCCAUGUUGAGGGCCGUGCGCGUGCUCGGUGAGGGCACCUUCGGCCGCGUCUUCCUGUGCCUGCAGCACGAGGGCAGUCGCCAGCAGCGCCAGGUUUGCGUCAAGCGCAUCAUCGUGCGUAAUCCCAAGACGGAGCUGAGUCUGAUAAAGGAAGAGAUCUACAUCAUCUCGCAGCUGCGUCACCCCAACAUUGUUGAGUUCAUUCGCUCCUUCAACCACGCCGGCACUGUCAACAUUGUGAUGGAAUACGCACCCAAUGGCACCCUGCGGGACGUCAUUCAUCAUACUGCCAGCCUGCCGCAGGAUCGCCUGCUGCGCUACUUCGGCGACAUGGUGAUUGGUCUGGAGUACCUGCACAUACGCAAUGUGAUCCACCGUGACAUCAAGCCGGAGAACAUGCUCCUCGAUGCUGGCGAUCGCGUUAAGAUCGCCGACUUUGGCAUCUCCAAUGUCCAUGCGCCCAGCAAGCAGCAUCUGGCAGGUGUGGGCACACCCUUGUACAUGGCCCCGGAGGUUAUGUCAGGGAUUGGAAAGGUUGACUACAAGUCGGACAUCUGGUCGUUGGGCCUGGUCCUCUACGAGCUGUGCGUGGGCCGCAGCCCCUUCCUGGCGCUCAUCGAUCCCGGAGCCACGCCCCAGCAGGUGCACACCGUUGUGGUGAGCCUGACGCGGCCCAAACUAGACUGCCAGCUCAUACGACGCCUCCACAACUCCACCUGGUCCCGCAUCUGCGAACUGAUGGUCGUCUACGAGCAGGAGCGCCGCAUCUGUGUGCCCGAAAUCUUCCGGCUGGAUCCCUCCAUCACUGCCUUCCUCUACAAGCAAUACUUUAACUACAACUACAAGUAAUUCAUGUUCCUCGUCUGUAUCCGUAUUUAUGUUUAGCAUUUACUUUUCUAACUUAAUAAUUUACAUUAAGAAAAUAAACAUUAAUCCACAUCGCCUA